AUGGCCUUAACACAUGGUACAAGAGCUAAGUUCAGCCGAUUCACAGCAAUAGUUGAGAGAGCGCGAAGACUUCUUUACACUGGCCCUGCUGGUACAAACGGAAUCCGUGCACUCAGUCGAAGCCUUGGUGUGGCUGUGGAUGCUGGAGGUACACUUGUGGAAAAGACAAAAUUUAUACAAGCAUUAAACAGCAAUGGGGUUCCGUUAAGUGAUGAUGAUGUGGAUGCUAUCAUGCAUGUUUUGGAUAGAAAUGGUGAAGGGAUGCUGGAUCCAGUAGAUUUUAUUGCAGCACUAAGACUGGAUCUUACUCCAAUGAAACGUACAUGGGUUAUUCGAGUCUGGUAUAUAUUUAACCAGAACAGAGAUGGAACUAUUAAGAUCGAUGAACUUGUUGAGAAAUUUAAUCCAUCUGGUCAUCCAGAUGUUGUGAAGGGAGAACGAAGUGAACAAGAUGUACGUGAAGAGUUUGAAGCCACUUUUAAUUCUACAACUAAUCCAGAUGGAGUUAUAACACGACAGGAAUUUGAAGAAUAUUACUCUUGUGUGGCUGGAUUAUGUCCUGAUGAUAGUUCAUUUGUAGACCUAAUGCGAGGUAUUUGGCCAACAGCUGUUAGUGUACCAAGUAAACCUUCUGGUUCUGUUACUAUGCAGCGUAAUGAAUGUAAUACAACUUUUAAAGCUGCGCAAACGGCGUCCGAAAAACUUGCAGUCAAUACGGUAAGACAAUAUGCUGCUGAUUUAAAUGAGUUAAUUCGAACAGUUCAUCGACCUUCUGUUAUGGGUGCUCCAUAUGCAGUUCGUCAGCUCUCGUUAUUGCUGAGGGAAAUGGAUAAUGAGAAGAGAUUCUUUUUACCAAGAGAUGUCUUUUUGGGAGCCAUGUGGAAAAAACGACUUUAUUUUACAGAUGCGGAAGAUCUACUUUCCGUACUAGACACUAGAGGUGAUGGUUCAGUUGAUUACUUAUUGUACCUACAGAUUCUUCUUCCUCAAAUUCCACCUGCUCGAAUUAUGAUGAUUGAACGACUUUGGGAAUUGUUUCCAAAGGAUAUAUGUGGUACUAUUGAUAUUAUGGAGAUUCAUAGUCGUUUUCAUGCAAAGGAUGGUGAAGAAAAGAAUGCUUUCCUCUCAGCAUGGGAUGUUCGUUCUGCUAUUAAUCGUCGAAUUACGCUUGAAGAAUUGGUGGAAUGGUAUACACCUAUAAGUGCUACAAUUCAGUUGGAUAAAGACUUUGAUAUAUUGCUCAAAAGGCAAUGGUCUCUUGAAUAG